AUGACAACAGCUCAUGAUCAUGACACUCAGACGCAAGCACUUUCUCAAUUACAUGAACUGGAGCAACAACGUCAUGCACGUGAAGUAUUACGUCAUGCAAAUGGUAAAGAAAAUGUCGUAUACGUCCGUUCUCAGCUCGCAACACUCAAGCUCAAGUCCGAUAUCAAGCGUUCAUCUGCUUUUGUAAAGAAAUUGCGCAUGUUAGCCGAAGGUAACGCGGACACUCUCUAUCGUGAUAUUAUGGAAUUAAACCUAACCCGUUAUAUCAGUGAAUGUGUAACGGCAUUAGCUGAUGCCCCGUUAAAAUUAAUUGAUCUACCAGCAGCUGUUAAAGUCGCGUCGUUGUUACAUCAACGAUAUGAAGAAUUUGCACCAGGAAUUGUGGGGAGAUUACUUCAUCACUUUGAAACUUUAUAUUAUUCAACCGACGAUCGGACGAAAAUGCUCAAACGUCGAUUAAUUCUUCGUCUAUUGAGUGAAUUGUAUCUUGUGGGUGUAUUUGAUGAUGUUCAAGUGAUUGCACAAAUUAUUCAACGGGUUGCAAGACGAGAACAACCAGGACAUGCUCCGUCUCAUCCGUCUCAAUCAUAUUACAAGAGAGGAAAGACUAGUGCGAGUGCGACGUCAGGAGCUUUGACAACAUCGUCACAACAAUUGGAAGUACCGUUACUUGUGAGCUUUGCCAAGUCCGUGGGUGUUGAUUUUCUAGGUGUACAGCCCAAGAAAUAUAAAGAAUUGGAGAAAAUACUGGAUGGACAUGAAGAAUUUAGCAAGUUUGUGGCAAAACAAAUGUCCAUUGUACCCAAGAAUGUCCAGAUCGAGUGUCUGAACUGCUAUCUUGAAGCAUAUGAAAGGAUUUGCAAGUUUUAUCUGGCGCAGCAUGCAACGUUUUUGAAACUUCAUGCGAGAAAUGAAAAAGAAGAAGCAAAUCGUGGUGAAGUGACGGAUGAACAUGUGCAGGAACUGAAAAAUGCCAAGCUGCUGUUUGAAAAACUGCAGACGAGCGUCAACUCGCUGGCGGACGCGCUGGAUCGAGAAGUACCGCCGCUGCCAGUGGAAGAAAAGGAUGAUGGGUCUGAUCGUGGAGGGAUUCUCAUUUGGGAAGGCGGAGAAGGUGGAGGUCGCGAACUGAGCCAUGACGGACCGUUUGAUGACGAAGCCACACGUUCAUUUUACCAAGAUCUGCCGGAUUUACUGGAUUUAGUGCCUGCGGUUGUGUUAGGACUCACGGAGGCCGAUGUUGCAGAGUUGAGAAAGAAGAAGGAGGCCGCCGCAGACGAGGAGACCGAAACAGAGAAUGAACUCGAAGAAGAAAUUGAGGCCAACGCGGACGACGACGAGAGAGAAGGUGGGGAUGUUGAUGAUGCUCUGGACAAUUUAAAUGCUGAUGCGUCGAAGGAUCAGGUACACGUAGCGACUGAUGCAGACGAGGAGGAAAGCAAGGCGAAGGAAGAAACGGAAGAUACAAGAACAGGUACCAGUGCAACUUGUAUAGGUGGAGCAACAACUAGUUACCACCACCAAUUGGAUGCAUUUUUUGCUUCUUUGGAAGAUCUAGUGAAUCGAGAUCGUUGCGACAAGGUGGCGGUCGAGUUUUGCUACCGCAAUUCAAAGGCAACAAGAAACCGACUUGUGAAGACCCUGUUUGCCGUGCCGCGGACCCAUCUAGAGCUAUUGGCCCACUAUUCGCGCCUCGUGGCGACGCUGCAGAGUGUGCUUAAAGAGGAUAUCGGCGGCGAGCUCGUGAAACUGCUUGUGGGUGAAUUUUAUGGUUUGAUAAAACGGCGUAACCAGUUUCGUCUUGAAUCAAAGAUCAAAAACAUCCGAUUUCUGGCGGAACUUGUAAAAUUUCGGAUCUGCCCGCCGAAUACAGGCUUUCGAUGCCUGCAGAAGUGCUUUGAGGAUUUUCAGGGGCAUAACGUUCAUGUUGCCACAACUUUUCUUGAGAAUUGUGGCCGUUUUUUGUAUUGCUCAAAACACACGCAUGCGCGCACGGUGAACUGCUUAAACGUCAUGAUGAAGCUUAAGGCAGCGAAGCAUUUGGAUCCACAGCUGGAAACUCUUGUGGAAAACGCGUACUACAUGUGUAAACCUCCCGAGCGUGUGGAGCGUCGUAUAAAACAGUACGACCCGCUGUAUUUGUUUCUGCUUAAGGUGAUGUAUCAAGAUCUUAACGGCUCAAAUGUGAACAAAGUUGUGAAAACCCUUCGGCGACUUCCGUGGCAAGAGAGCAGCAUCUGUACAAUGGUCCUGAAGGCUUUGCUGAAAGUUACAAAAGGUAAGGUAAUGCAGAUGAAAUGGAUAUGUGAGGUGGUAAAGGGUCUAUCGCGAUAUCAUGAUGACGUACUAGUGCUGCUGGUGGACGAUGUGUUGGAGUAUAUUCGGUACGGAUUGGAAGUAAAUGAUUACCGCGAUCACCAACGGAGCUUGGGAUACAUCAAGCUUUUAGGCGAGAUCUACAACUGUGGUCUUGUGAGCAUGAAUGUGAUAGUGGAAACGCUGUAUCUACUGAUUAAUCACUCGCACGAUCUGCUGACAUUACCACAGUACAGCAGCGAUAAAAUGUCGCCAGCACAGUUAUUGGAGAUGAAGAAGCGUUUUUUGCUUGUCCCUGAUAUGCGGUACGACCCCCGCGUACCAAGCGAUGUCGAUGGUCCAAGCGAAGUGUUUCGUAUUCGUCUAGUCAGUGCCUUGAUCGAGACCUGUAACGGCAGUGGAUCGUCAAGUGUGUCUAGUAGCAAUGUAACUUCAAACGAAAGAGGUAUCUCUCGACCCCGCCUUGGUCGAUUCAUGAUCUUCUUUCAACGAUAUCUGUUUUCCAAGACAGAUGUACCGAUGGAAACCGAUUUUGUCGUGUUUGAUCUGUUUGAUAUGAUAGCUAGCAGUCUAAAAGAUCAUUUCAAGAGAUUUGACACGUGGGAGGCGGUUGAUCAGGCCGUUCAGGAGAUUCUUCGCGGUGACUUAGAGGAAGCUGAGCGCCGGCUGUCGAAGAAGAAUGCGGCAUUGCUGAUGGCGACGAAUGGUCUCGAGAGCGUAGCAGAGGAGGGAUCAACCCUGUCACAGCCAGCAGACGAGGACGAUGAAUUUUAUGAAGAUGAAGAGGACGAUACGGACGAUGAUGACGAUGGUGAUGACGUUGAACAUGAAGAUGACUAUCAUGCGGAAGGGGAUGAUGGUGAUGAGGAUGAUGAAGAUGACGAAGAUGAUGACGACGAUGAUGAUGAUGAUGACGAUGACGAGGAUGAGGAUGAAGAAGACGAAGAUGAAGAGGAGCACUUUAUUAUCCACGACCGCAUUCAGAGAAGUGAGGAAGACGACGAGUUUGAAAAGGCGUUCAAGUCGAUGAUGCAUGGGACCUCUGACACACGCAAGCCCGCGGCGAGAGUAAACGUGGACAAGAUGGCUAUCCCUACUGUAGUGAAAAACCCUGCUGCAUUUCCACCCACCGGUCCUCAUGGAGCAAUGUCUCUUGAUGCAAAUGGGUUUACUGAUGGAGUGGUGUUUCGCAUGCUCCGUCGUGGCAAUAAAGGUAAAGUGGAGGCGCGCACUUUAGUAGUCCCGGAGGAAUCGUCUUUGGCUCAGCAUAGCCACCGUCAAGAAAAUGCUGGAAAGAAGGAACAGUCCGAAUUGAAGCGUCUUGUGCUGCAGAAUAUGGAGCGCGAUGAUUUUAUGAGUGACGGGCCUUCCAGUGAAGGCAUUCCGAGUUUUGGCCCCCCUCCCCGCGCCAACAUGAACCACGGUAAUCAAGGAGCAGGGCAGCAGGUCAACGAUGCUCGUUUGGGAUUCGGAGGUGGCAGUGAGUGGAACAAUGCCGAGUUUGGACUUCGUCGGGGCAAAGGGUAUCGUGGUGUGAAAUAG